UCGUCACCUACACGUGAAAUAAGAAAACCCCGAUAAUAAGUCGUCUUCCUCUGCUCCACUGUGGCUUUCGCGCUCAAAAAUUGAAAUUACAACCAUCUUGAUCUUCUUCCAAUUGAUCGCUUUCAAAUCCUCUUCCAAUGGCGUCCCUGUGAUGAAAUUGGAAUCGGACCAACUUCACUCUGCAAAACAUUCGACCCUGUGAGCUCCAGUUCUCCGGCAUUACCAAGCCCUAGAAUUCGGGGCAACUCUGCCAUGGAUGCCAAGGAUAUCUUGGGCCUGCCCAAAACUACGCCGCCUAUACCCCAGGACAAGAAACCUAGGGCUCAGAAGGAUGCCCAGAGGAAGCGAGAUGGUAUUUCUCGAGAGGUUUACGCGCUUACUGGUGGUCUGCCGCCUAUUAUGCCGGCAAUUGAUACAUCUGAGCUGAAAAAACGUCCUCCAUCAGACGAGAAGAUUACGUGGCAGUGGCUUCCUUUCACAAAUUCUGCUAGAAAAGACAAUUUGCAGCUUUACCAUUGGGUUAGAGUUGUAAAUGGCAUUCCGCCAACAGGUGACUAUUCCUUUGCAAAGUAUAACAAGUCAGUUGACGUUGUCAAAUACACGGAUGAGGAGUAUGAGAAGCAUUUGAACGACCCGUUGUGGACGAAGGAGGAGACAGAUCAAUUAUUUUACUUGUGCGAACGGUUUGAUCUUCGCUUCAUUGUGAUAGCUGACAGGUUUUCAUCAACUAGGACAGUGGAGGAACUGAAGGAGCGAUAUUAUCGUGCAUCUAGAGCAAUUAUGGUUGCUAGAGCACCAGUGUCUCGCGAGGUUUCAGGGAAUACUCUCGUCAAGGAUCCUUACAAUGUCUCACAUGAGAUUGAGCGGAAACGGGCAUUGUCCAUGGUUCUCUCCCAAACAAAACAGCAAGAACGAAAAGAUGCAGAGGUUCUUGCUGAAGCAAAAAAGAUAACUGAAUCACGCAGAGCGGAAAGAGUGGCUGAAGAAUCUGAGUUGCCUGUUGCAUCCAAUGUUGUUCCAGAAGUUGCUGAAAGGGCUGUUGUUCCUGGAGAUUCUGUACCAUCUUUAUCCAAUGUGCAGCCCUCUCCUCCGGCAGCUGCACCUUCAACUUUAGGGGCAGAUAACGCUUCAACUCUGGCUUCCCUUCGCAUGCUUCCUGUGUACUUGAGAACGUAUGCACUUGAGCAAAUGGUACAAGCUGCAAGUUCAUCCGCUGGGCUUCGGACGAUCAAGCGAGUUGAACAAACAUUACAAGAUCUCUCGGUUAAUCUAAAACCCAGGGUUCCAACAAAAGCUGUCUGUGCAGAGCAUCUUGAAUUAAGAAAAGAAAUCUUGACUCUACUGAAUCUUCAAAAGCAGUUGCAAAAUAAGGAGGCAGAAGGUUCAUCUUUCCGUGACAGUCCAUACAACGAUGCACCUGGCACACCCAAGGAUCGCUCAUUUAUUCCUGAUUCUGUGAAUUUUGGAGGGGAAAGGUUUGUCAAACGGGAUCAGAAACGUAAGGCCACUGGAAGACUGUCUGAAGCUCCAUCAUCACCAGCUCAAUCUAAAAGGCCAAGAAAACAGAAGGGAUCCGAUCUGUGAUUCUCCAGAUGUGUGGCUUUCACUGGAAACUACGGCCUUUUGGAGCACCAUUUUAUGAACUGCACUUUGGUGAAGGCUGUGAUAAACGUUGAUGCUGUUAAGAGAGAUGCGAUUAUGUUGGUAAUCUGUGCUGUUAACUUCAUGAUGGUUUGUUUAUAUAUAUAUAUCUUCAUCACGAGGCUAAAGCUCUGGUUUUGUAGCCAUCUCAUCUUAUAUUUCUUCUGUUGGCAGAGUUAGAAGGAUAGUGUUCUAAUAUCAUGGUGUAUUUUAUGUAAAUCUAGCCAGAAAUGGAAAAUAUUACUUCUUUUUUCCUUUUUACUUUACUUCCAUUUCUAGUGUAUUGAUUGUUUUAAAUUUAAAAGAAAUGAUGAACUAAAAUUUUAUAA